AUGAAUCGAACCAGAUCGAAAGAUGAAGCUGUCGACGGACAAAGCCGGAACGUCGACCGCAAACGAAGGAUGGACAGGCCCCGGUUCCCAGGGUUAGGGGCCUCUUUCCUCCUCCCUUUUCUGCUCACUGGUAGGGGUCCGGACCCCCACAAAGGGGGAGGGAGUCGACUGAACAUCUCAGCCAUUGGCGGGAAUUUCGCCCGCAUCCGAUCCCCAAUUCUUGUUCACCCCGGAUGA